AAAAUGGUAUAUAUUAAUCGUAGUCUAGGUUAUAUUGGAGGUAACAUACACUUAUAGAACAAUGACGCCGCCUUCAAGUCCGCAACUGGAUGAAGCAGAGGACGAGUAUAAAGACUUUACGUUUAAUGUUUUGAUAGACGCUGGUAAUAUCGGCUUAAAUGAAUGAAUUUCGCAAUUUCUCCGUUUGAUUGAGAAGUUCAGAAUGGAGAGUUGAUAGUUCUUCUAGUUUCGAGAGGUUGACCUUGCUAGAUGAUAAAUCUUUCAAAUCCCUCUGUAGCGUGCUCAGUUCUGAUUGUAGCUCGUCUGCUAGCUUGUUGAGGUCAUCAAGUUCUCUUUUAUCGUAUUCUAUUGAUUGUAUACCCGUGUUUAUUGAGUUAACAAGUUUUUCAAACUUAUCGUCCAGCUGAGUUAUAAGCUCUCUUGGUGUCUGAUCCUCUAGGGCACCCUUGACCCAUUCAAUGAUGGCUGAAUCCAUUCAAGAGCUUGACGAUAGAGAGGAAGUACGGUUAGAGAGAAAAUCGCUGUCCAAGUCAACGUCCGUGAAGUAUUUAAAGCUAAAUCGAUACACAAAUAUACUUUGCUACGAUGAUAGCUUACCCACGACUGUGGAAUAUAUCAAUGCAUCUGUAAUAGAAUUCAAAGAAUUCAAUUGCAAUACGACUAAUGCUAAGAGGUUCAUAGCCACGCAGGCGCCACCUGUGCGCACUUUUGGGACGUUCUACAGUCUGAUACUAGAGGAAGGUGUCCGUGACAUAGUACAAGUAUCAAAUUACCAAGAGAAUGGCAGACCAAAGGUGGAUUACUAUCUACCAGAUGAUAAAGAGCUGCAGUUCGGUGAUAUAACCGUUAAGACACUCUCAGUUGAGGAUGACGCAGAGUGUUUAACAACCCAUUUGGAGAUUUCCACUAACAGCAAGGCAAUACAGACCAGACACAUUUUAUACAAAAACUGGCCAGAUCAUUCAGCUCCUACAUCACUCAGAUCGCUUAUUGGCUUACUUGGCAGGCUGGACGAAUCUGCGCCAUGUGUCGUACACUGCUCAGCAGGAGUUGGGAGAAGUGCCACGUUGAUAGCGUUACAUGAGAUGUUAAGGUGUAAAAACCAACCGUUGCUGCCAUUUUAUGAUGACCUGAAGGGUAGGUCUUACGAGAACUCAGAUAUUGUCUAUCGUACGGUCGACUUCAUACGUAGACAGAGACCGCUGAGCUGUGAAGCUAAGCAGAUCGCCUGGCUAUACCAAGCAGUAAAUAGACUUUAAUUUUGACCUAUUAUGGAUAUUUAUCUACUGAGAGCAGAUAAGCCGGAUAAAGAAGAGGGAAACUGUGAGGGGAAUGAGCUGUGAUAAUAUAGUCUUGAUAGACUCUUAUACUAUCCUUAUAGAGCGCUGUAGCCGCCCCAAAGAGGGACGAUAAUCUGUACGACGAUCUGCUAGCAAUCUAGAGAU